AUGGCUGCGCUACCAGAUGCCACUGGCAGUGUGGCGGUCGUUGGCGUCUCCGAGGCUUACUGGCUCUGCAACGACGAUUUCGUCAGCAGCGAUGGAGCUCUGUCCGACGUAGAUGCACUGAAGGGCCUGGGUUUCCCAAGAGACUGGCCACAGGUGUACACGGGCAAUGAUGCGCUGAAGUCCUUGUUGGGUAAGCGCGGGCGAAUACCAGCAAAACGAGUAGCGGUCGCUGGGCCUCCCACGCCAGAUCAGCUCUCGAAGCUGCCCAAAGGCCUUCACUUCGUUCCGCUGCAUAGUUUUGGCAAUGCUGAGAUGCUGGCCAAGCAUGCUGGUUUAGGCGUGGUGCAGGGCUGGGCAGUAUUCGAGCGACUGGACAAGCCGAAAGGGGCCACCUUUAUUGCCGAGCGCUACUGGUGGAACUCAUCGCCGGAGGGCACCUGGAUUGACCUGACGCCACGGCCUGAAGCAUGGCAGCAGCUGUUGCUCGUGGAGCCAGUGGAACAGGGCAAAGCCAAGAAGAAGACUGUGCUCGGCGAGGAUGUCUCUAAGCUCCUGAGCCAGCUUCUCGCUCAAAGACAUCCAAACUACGUGCCCAGACAACCCAGACAGCCACAAGAGCCACAAGAGCCACAAGUGAAAGAGGUCAAGGCUGGAGAUCUGAAGGAGCCGAUGCCCGAGCCGAGUGCCAAGAACGCGGUCAAGAAGCAGUCUGGAUAUGUCGCCGGUGACCGGGGCGACCGGGGCGCCCGGAACGGCGUUGACUACUCCAAGUUCGACCACAUCGAGGACUCGGAUGAUGAGAAGCUGGUCCCAAGGCAGGUCCUCACCCUACCAAUGGGCCUCCCAAGGGAGGCCGUUUCCCGGCAGGACUAUGACAAUGUGUGGCGCGCACUUCUGCAAGACAAGCAGCUCCCGUUCACGCCUGCACCGGACUUGGACCAAAUGUGGGGAUACUACAAGUAUGGGGGCAUGGACGAGCAGGCCUUGCUUGAUCAGGCCUGUGAGGUCCUCGGCAAGUUUCCCUGCAGAUUUCCUCCGGCAGAGUGGAAGGCCAAGACUUACACCCUCACCAAGAAGCUGGAGAUGGAAAGCCGUGAGGAUGAGGCCAGAAUGUGGUCGGUCAUAUGCAUCCUCCGAUUUCCGGAUGCGGAUGCCUACUACAAUCAGGGUGUCCUGCUCAACAAGCUCUGUGACAAGGCUAAGUUUGGGGGCGCGAUGCAGGUGAAACUGCCGGCCUUAGAUGCUGCACAGGCAAAGAUGGUUCCUGUAGAGCAAUAUUGCUCUUUGUUCUCCAGGGCCGGCAUUAGCUAUUAUCGUAAGUCUUUGAAAACUGAUCCCAAGCAGCGCCCGGCUUACAUCAACUUAAUCGGUAGCCUUGAGCGUAAUGAGCCAGCGAAUUGGUACAGCGACGUACACGACCUGGCAAUCACAGCGGUGAAGCACGGCAUUUGGUACACAAAGUGGCAACGGCCGCCACACUUUGUCCCGUCCUUGCCGGCCAAGCCCUUCCACAACAGCAAGGACUUUGCGCUCUCACGUGCCUUGGAAGAGAAUUUUUCGAUCAUCAAGGCAGAGUUCGAGGCCUACAUGCAGAAGCUCGCCAACCGCAAGGAUUGGGAUGACUCAGACACAACCCCUGGGCUUGGUGACGUUGGGAAUCGUCCUGGCGCGUUGCACGAUGGCGGUCUGAGGAAAUCAGGCAAGUGGCAGGAGGUACCGCUCUUCACAAACUGUACGAAGCAGCACGAGUACACUGAGCACUUUCCCGAAAC